CACAUGGGGGUGCGGGGGUGCCAAGCGCCAUGGGUUAGGCCCGAGAUCGGAGUCCAGCCGCGCCCCGACAGCAGUCGCCUCCUACUCCCCACGCGCCCCGGGCGCCACCAUGUCGGGCGACAAACUCCUGAGCGAGCUCGGCUAUAAGCUGGGCCGCACGAUCGGAGAGGGUAGCUACUCCAAGGUGAAGGUGGCCACGUCCAAAAAGUACAAGGGCACGGUGGCCAUCAAGGUAGUGGACCGGCGGCGCGCACCGCCCGACUUCGUCAACAAGUUCCUGCCGCGCGAGCUGUCCAUCCUGAGGGGUGUGCGGCACCCGCACAUCGUGCACGUCUUUGAGUUCAUCGAGGUGUGCAACGGGAAGCUGUACAUCGUAAUGGAGGCGGCCGCCACCGACCUGCUGCAGGCGGUGCAGCGUAGCGGGCGCAUCCCGGGCGCGCAGGCGCGAGACCUCUUCGCGCAGAUUGCCGGCGCCGUGCGCUACCUGCACGACCACCACCUGGUACACCGCGACCUGAAGUGCGAGAACGUGCUGCUCAGUCCAGACGAGCGCCGCGUCAAGCUCACCGACUUCGGCUUUGGCCGCCAGGCGCACGGCUAUCCCGACCUGAGCACCACCUAUUGCGGCUCGGCGGCCUAUGCGUCGCCCGAGGUGCUACUGGGCAUCCCCUACGAUCCCAAGAAGUACGAUGUGUGGAGCCUGGGAGUUGUGCUCUACGUCAUGGUCACCGGGUGCAUGCCCUUCGACGAUUCGGACAUCUCCGGCUUGCCUCGGCGUCAGAAGCGCGGCGUGCUUUACCCCGAAGGGAUCGAGCUGCCCGAACGCUGCAAGGCCCUGAUCACCGAGCUGCUGCAGUUCAGCCCGUCGGCCCGGCCCUCGGCCGGGCAGGUAGCGCGCAAUGGCUGGCUGCGGGCGGGGGACUCCGGCUAA